UCCCUCCGCCUCCCUCCGCCCUCCCGUCCUCCUCUGAUUUAUCCGUUACAUCUCAACCUUCUUCGUCUAUAGCCCGCCUUGCUACCUCUCUCCCCAGUUUAAGUUAUUUCCAGACGCUUCCAAGCCUGUCCCUUCUAUCCCUCCUCCGCUCUAUCACUUCCCAUCCAAUUUCUUCUCCGUCCCACCCCCUGCUCAUUCUAUUCGUUUCCCCCUUCCAUCUCACCCUACAGCAAUGCCUGUCCCUGUGCGUCAAUCCACUUCCCCCUGGAUCUCUUUCCGCCCUAUGCCUCCCUGUCCUGUUCCUUAUCGAAACCCUCCAUCCCACUCUACGUCUCACUAUUGCAGCCCUACCCAAUAUUUCUCCAUCCCAUCUCUUCCCAUCCAGGUAUCCACUCUCUUUUUCCUAUAAUGCUCAUUCCCAUCAUUUUGCCUUCUACACUUCUGUCACUUCAUCCCACGUUUUCUCAUUUCCUUCCCUUCUUUGCCCCCACACCUCCUUCAAUCACUGCCCAUCCUGUCCUUGUCCGACUCUGUCCGCUCCACUCUGUCCAUCCUAACUCAUUCCCCCAUCUUGUCCAUGUAGAAUUUCCCCAUCUUGUUCCAUCCUCUCCUCCUGCAGGCCCUAUCCUCUCCAUCCAUGUCCAUUGUCUUCCUUUGUCAUAUAUUCCCCUUCUCCAUCUGAUCCACUCUCCCUCAUCUCUGUUCAGACCUGGUAACCAUCUGUUUAACUCUCUUGUAACCAAGUUGACUAGUGGUUUUAACCUUGACCCCAAGGGGGAUUUAACUCCGAUGACACCCACUGUUACGAAGCUACAUCCCUGUGACAAUGAUCAACAAUCACUAUAACAGCUCCCUGGGCAUCAGCACAGGUGGCAGCAUGCACACCUACCCACUGACACUGGAGCAGAAAACCGCCUUCGCUUUCGUGGGCAUCUUAUUCAUUUUCCUGGGCCUCCUCAUUGUGCGGUGUUUCCGGAUCCUUCUCGACCCUUACAGCAGCAUGCCAUCCUCAACUUGGGCAGAUGGGAUGGACGGGUUAGAGAAGGGGACCUUUGAGUAUGCCUUGGCUUGAAAUGAAGAGAAGUGCCUUGUAAGUGCACAGACUGCUCUCCAGUGACGGCAUCGGGGGAUCCGUGGGAUCACAGUGGCGCUCCCAAAGGACCAAGGUGUCAUGGAAUAGUUCCUGCUUUAUCCAUGAGACCUCAAUGUGGGGCAUCUUAUUGGUGAAGUGCGUCAUGGUGUUGAAAUAUCAGCGUUACUCGCUCCUGGAUUGGGCUGUUGGGGAUGGUGCUGGAAGCAGAUACAAGGGUGAUGUUUAAGAGGCUUUUAGAGGAACAUGUCAACGUGCAGGGAUAUAGAUCAUGUGCAGGCAGAAGACAGCUUAAUUUUGUUUUGUGUUUGGCACAGGCACUGAGGGCCUGUUCCUGAGCCACGCUGUUCUGUUACCGAUUCAUGCGACUCGGAAGCAGGUCUUCCAGCCCCCGGAGUCCACACUGACCAUCAACCAACCACCUACAUUGGUCUCAUUUUAUUGCAUGUGCCAACAUCACUCUCCUUUUGCUUCGUGUAGACUGGUGUGGCAGCAGUUUGGAUUUGGCAGAAACUUUAAUCUUGAAUUGUUGGAAUUCAUUAAUGAACCAGCAGAUUUUACAAGUUAAUACAUUGUUAUUAUACUGUAUUAUCAUACGAAAAAAGAUCUGCCAUUUAGUGCAGUUGGAUCUAAGGUUUGAGUGAUAUUAUCUGUAUUGAGUAUUAUUCACAGAGUUCCCAGUAAAGGUGGAUUAGGAACACUUUAUUGUGAUCCAGCAUAUUCUGUGUGAAGAUAAAUUCAAGGUUAUCAGUCAAAAGUAUAUAGUCUGGUAUUACAAAUGUGGCUGUAUGGUGUCCAAUAAAUUAAUAUUACCAUUCAUUUUCUGAUUUGCAUAAUCUAUCAAAAGGCUGAACUAAUUAUAUUGCUCGACCUUUGUCUUUCUGCUUAAAUCAUUUUAUGCAGAAUUGUAAAUUUAGUGUUAACAAUUAAAUAAAAAAACAAUACUGUACUAAAGUGUCUGACCACUCAGAACUUGCUAAUGGCAGAACGUGCUUUUCCAUUUCUAUACAUAUUAGUGAGAGAGUAAUGUUGGCGAUUAAAAUCAUAGCAAGCUCCGGCUAAAUAAAACUGAACGUAAACCAAAGUUAAGUCAAUGAGCAAUGUGACGGUCUUUGCUUCAGAUUUAAAGAAAGUAGAUUUUCUAAAUGGCAUUCAAACCUUACUGUGCACAGGUUACAGUUUUCCACUUACCCCUGAUGUGGUAAGAUUUAGCAAAAGUUGGUCUUGUAUGCAGAGGUUUCAAUGUGACCUUGGCAGCAGCAAACACAGGCAGGAGCAACUAAUCUAUUUUAUUGCUAAAUCCGGGAUCCUGCUGUGUGUAAAUUGGCUGCCGCUUGGCCUAGAAAACAACAGGGAUACACUUCUAACCUGUGAAAUGCUGAGGCAUUCUAACCGUGUAAAAGGCAAGUCUUCUCUACCUAUGUCCAUUCUGAGACAAGGGAUUUGUUUUUCAAACGGAGAGGUGUCCCUGAUGCUCUAAAUAACUUCUACGCACGCUUCGAGGCAAGCAGCGUAACGAGGGCCACGAGAGCUGCUCGCUUGCUUGCCAGGUGAUCAGCCACUCUCCGUAACAGCAGCAGACGUGGGAAGGACUCUGCAGGUUAUCAACCCCCCGGAAGGUGAGCAGGCCAGACAACACCCCGGGCUGAGUAUUCAGAGGGAGUGUACACACCCCUGAUGUCUUCGCAGCCCUCUUCAACACAUCACUCAUCCAGGCUGCUGUCCCCAUAUGCUGCAAAUCAGCCACCAUUAUCCCUGUAUCAAAGGACUCUACACCUUCAGAGCUAAACAACUACCACUUGGUGGCACUGAUGCCAAUCAUCAUGAACUGUUUUGAAUGAUUGGUAACGACACACAUCAGAAACUCCAUUCCUGCCACACUGGACACUCACCAAAAUGCUUCCCAACAGAAGCAUUCUAUAAUGGAGACUGUAGGUGUUGGACUGCCUAACAAAUAGCCAGGAUGCACAAUAGCUCCUCCAUCCUUAUCAUCCUCAACACGAGUGCAGCCCCCCCCACCCCCCAGGCCUCUGGGCUGAGCCAAUUACUGUACACUCUGCUCGCACAUGACUGCACGGCCAGACACCUGAGCAAUCCCGUCACCAAGUUCCUGGAUGACACGACCAUAGUGAGGCUCACCCCCAACGAUGGGGAGACAGCCUACAGACAGGAGGUGGAAGAGUUCGAACCUAGUGGCAGGCAGGUAACCUCUUCCUCAAUGUUAACAAGACCAAGGACAUAGUUAUCAAGUUCAAGAGAAUGCCCACCACUCAUGAUGGUCUUUACAGCAGUGGAAACUGCAGGCUGUUUCAAACUCCUGCGAGCGCACACCACACACAACCUCUCGUGGUCCCAGAACGCAUCCUACACAAUCAAGAAAGCUCAUUAAUGCCUCCACUUUCUGAGGAGGCCGAAGAGAGCUGCAGAUCCACACUCACAUCAUCCUGCAGGUGUGCAGUAGAGAGCAAGUCACAUCACUGCAUGGUACAGAAACCGCACUGCAGUAGGCAGGAAGGGUGCACAACAGGUAGUUAAAACUGUGCAAAUCAGCACCAGCAACAAGCUGCCAUCGAGGAUAAGAUGCAGGAAAGACUGAACGAUCCUGUUACCUGUAGUAUCAUGAAGGAUUCCACGCACCCUACUUAUGCACUGUUUGUCUCACUCCCAUCAGGGAAGAGGCUAUGUAACACCCAGUCCAAGACCACCACUCUCAAAAGCUGUUACUUUCCCCAAGCAGAAAGCCUGGUCAACACCUCCACCCACUAACUCCAUCACUACUUUAUUAUUUCCUGUCAGUCACCCGAUGGCUUUCUCCUUCAGUUUUCUGUGAUUUCCUUUUUUGCUGCCAGCUGGCGGGUUGGGGUUCUGGGUGGGCGAUGUGUUGGUUUCUGUGAUCUGAUGUUCUCGGUUUUUCUGUGUGUCUGAUCUGUUAUAUUUUGUGUGUUUGGGGUUUGAUGCUAUUGUCGCCGUUCUUUUUUACGCGGGGGGUGUGGUUAGGGUUUGAUGUUAUUGUCACAGUUUUUGUUGUGAGGGAGGGGUUGGGGUUUUGGUUUUUUUCAUAUUAUAGCUGCCAUUUUCUGGCUGGGCGAUCUUUUAGCUUUAGUGCGAUGGAGGGGUUGGGGUUAGAGUUUGAUGUUCCGUCUGCCAUUUAUAGUGCAGGCGAUCCAUUGGUUCUUUUGUGUGAGGGAGGGGCUGGGAGUUUCAGGGUUUGCAAGUUUUGUUUCUUCUUCCUUUUUCUGUUGGGGAGGGGGUUGAUGUCUUGCCUUUCAACGACUCCUGUGGUUUUUCUAUAUUUAUUUGGAGAAGAUGAAUAUCAGAGUUGUAUUGUAAUGCAUACUUUGACAAUUAAAAAAAAUGAACCUUUUGUACAGCCUAGCAUUAUACAAUCAGUCUAUGUAUAUAAACUCUCCUUUGCAUUUAUAUUUAUUGUGCCCUUUAUCUUUUGUGUUGCAUCAGGUCCUUGUAACAAUUAUUUCAUUCUCCUUUACAUUGGUGUCCAAGAAAUGACAUUAAACAGUCUUGAAUUUC